AUGGGUGAAUAUAUCGAGUCCAGUGCGACCCCUUGGGUCGGCAAAAAGUUGAAGAAGCCACAUGGUGCUGGCUGGUCCGACUGUAUGGCUCUGCCAAUGCUUCCGGACAUAAGGCAUGAGGAACUUCUCGCUCUCGCUUGGGUCCUCCUUCUCUUUCGGGGAACAGUGCACAGUGAGGAUGGAGGCUUUUCCUGGGUGAAAGAAGGCAGUCUCCAGGGGUAUCUUAUCUCAGAUGUGAUUGAGGGAGAAGGCAGCUCGCUGAGAUCUGCUUUAGAAGCAAUCCGAAGGCGGGGUCAAUUUGACGGCGAAUUUUCGGAUACACUGUUGUGUCAAAAUGCCUGUCUUGAGACUAAAUGGACGUUUGCUUUGGAAACAAAUAUCUCGCACGAUGUUGUUUAUAUUCGCGGGACUCCUAGGUCCCCGACGGCCACGCAGCCCGUUGAAACCAUCCUGCCUCAUGUCCUCACCGACCUCAUUACUUCCAUUGCCAAUGAUCUUGAUCAGCCCAUUGCGGAGGCCGUUCGGAUUGGACAGCAGGAGCUGUCACAAUUGUGGAAAUGGAACGGGCCAAUACCCCUCACUAUCAAUCAUUGCAUCCAAGAUAUAAUCAGUGAAAAGGCUCAAAGUCAACUCGAUCGUCCAGCAGUUGUGUCUUGGGAUGGAGAGAUGACCUACAGACAGCUAGAAGAGCGCUCAACAAACCUAGCUAGGCAUCUCGUUGAUCUGGGACUGCAAGUUGGCAAGGCUGUUCCACUCUGCUUUGAAAAGUCCAUGUGGACAAUUGUUGGUGUCCUGGCGGUGAUGAAAGCCGGUGGUGCAUUGGUUCUCAUGGAUCCCAGUCAGCCAGAGGGACGACUGAGAACCAUCGCCAGCGAGGUUGAGGCUGGUUUUAUAUUGACCUCGGAGUUGCAGGCGGAGCUGGGUUCACGCAUUAUCCCAGGAGGAAAGCAAAUAAUUGUUGGCCCACUGGUCGACGAAAACGAAUUAAAACCACGCACUGUGGACCUACCUGUGGUUCCAUCAUCGUCAACCCUUUACAUCCAGUUCACCUCCGGUAGUACUGGCAAGCCCAAGGGUGUGGUUAUCUCGCACUCCAGCUACACUAGCGGUGCAGUGCCUCGUGCCGCAGCUGUGGGAUACAAAGAACACUCGCGAGUGCUCGACUUCCCCUCGUAUGCAUUUGAUGUCAGUGUUGACUGCAUGUUGUGCACUCUGGCCAACGGAGGCUGCAUUUGUGUGCCCUCAGAAGACCAGCGAGUCAAUGACCUCAGCGGUGCUAUUCGUCAAAUGGGUGUGAACAUGGCACACAUGACACCAUCAGUCGCGCGUGUCUUGGCUCCUGAUAUUAUGCCCUCGCUAGAGGUCAUUGGCCUUGGUGGCGAGGCAAUAUCUGCUAGCGAUGCGGCCGAAUGGGGACAAAAGACGAAGAUUGUAAUUGCAUAUGGCCCAUCAGAGUGCACUGUUGGCUGCACAAUCAACAACGACAUCCCUCCCGGUCGAUUGUACACUAGUAUCGGACAGGGAGUCGGUGGCAUGACAUGGGUGGUAGAUCCAUCUGAUCAUGACCGGCUGAUGCCCAUCGGCGCGGUAGGAGAGCUGCUUGUAGAAGGCCCCGUGGUUGGCGAUGGAUAUCUAAAUAACCCGGAGAAAACCGCCGAGGUUUUCAUCGAGGACCCAGCAUGGUUGGUUGAGGGUCGCAAGGGCCGUCUCUACAAGACGGGUGACCUGGUAAGAUACGACCCUGAUGCCUCAGGCAGUGUUGUUUUCAUCGGCCGUGCCGAUCAACAGGUGAAACUGCGUGGCCAGCGCGUGGAACUGGGCGAAAUUGAACACCACGUCCGAAACUAUUUUCCCACUGGAGCAAGUGUGGCAGCGGAGGUAAUCUUUCCCGGAGGGAAGAAAUCAGAUGCCACACUAAUUGUCUUUGUGGCGGAAGAAAAGAGCGACAAGACGGGUGCAAUCAGCGAGAUUAUCUCAUUUUCGAGUUCAUUCCAGAAGCUGAUUGCCGGUAUUGAUGAUGCUCUCGCGACAAACCUGCCCCGUUAUAUGAUACCCACCGCAUAUAUACCACUCAACCAUAUGCCACUUCUGGUAUCACUUAAGACAGAUCGGAAGCAGCUGCGUGCUCUCGGGAAUGACUUGACAAGGCGGCAUAUUGCGGAGCUUAGAUUGUCUACAGUUGUCAAAAUAGCACCCCGAACAGAAAUGGAGCGCAAGCUUCACGGCCUAUGGUUGAAACUGUUUGGUGAUGAGACAGAGAUCGGGGUCAAUGACCACUUUUUCAGCCUCGGGGGUGACUCGCUGAAAGCCAUGAAGUUGGUGGCUGCUGCACGAGAGCAGCUUCUUGCUGUUCAAGUCACCGAUAUUUUUCAAUCACCCGUGCUUGAGCACCUGGCCCUCAAGGUAAAGGAAGGUGAGAAUAAAGUUCCGCUGGAUGUUCUUCCAUUUUCGCUACUUCCAGCAAGCUGGGAGGCCGACGCUGCACGGGUCGAAGUGGCCUCAUUGUGUAACUUGGAUCCGAGAGAAGUGGCCGAUCUGUACCCCUGUACACCUCUCCAAGAAGCCCUCAUGGCCCUCUCCGCAAAGUAUACCGAUGCUUAUGUCGCGCAGAGAGUCAUUGAGCUCCAGGAUAUACAAACCGCGGAACGGCUAAAGUCUGCUUUUGAGCGUGUGUCAACAGAGUCUUCGAUCCUACGGACAAGAAUUGUCCAAGUUCCACGCCGAGGAUUGAUGCAAGUCGUUGUACGGGCCAACACUCCAUGGCUCACCAGUUCCAACUUGACAGAGUAUCUGAGUAUCGAUACUAUUAAGGGGAUGUCCCUGGGAACUGAGCUUGCUCGUUUCGCUAUUGUGAACGAUAAUACAACCAGCAGAACAUCCAUCGUCCUGAGCAUCCACCAUGCACUUUAUGAUGGUUGGUCAAUGCCAUUGAUAGUUGACCGAGUAAAUCGAGCCUAUCGCGGUGAGAGUAUUGGCAGCCCAGCACCGUUCAAGAACUUUAUCAGGUGGCUUGGUAACACCGAUAGAGCCUCCACGGAGACAUAUUGGGCAGCUCAACUGGAAGGUGCUACAUCGCUACAAUUCCCUCUCAUCCCAUACACUGGGUAUCAAGCUCGUGCUGAUUCACUCCUUGAACAUUACGUUAAGCUGCCCCGGGCUUCGUCGAGCUCCACAACGAGCAUUGCAACCACUAUUCGAGGUGCUUGGGGUCUUCUAGCAGCGCAUUACACAUCCUCUGAUGAUGUCGUGUUUGGGGAGACUAUGACCGGCCGCACAGCUCCCGUGGCAGCGGUCGAGGAAAUCGAGGGCCCGAUGAUAACCACCGUCCCAGUUCGAGUUUGUAUCGAUCGCAAGGCUCGAGCAUCAAACUACCUUCAGCAGAUUCAUGAUCAAACGGUAGAUCGCAUUCCCCACGAACACAUGGGUCUGCAGCAUAUUCGACGUUUGAAUGCCGAUGCUCGUGAGGCGUGUGAGCUGCGCACAGGUAUUGUAAUUCAUCCAACAGUCGAGGAAAGUGUACCCUCUUCGAAAGAAGAGCCAGCCACCGCAUUUGUGCCAACCAGUGAGGCAGAAGCCGCUCGUGAAGCGUUGAAAUUCAAUUCAUACGCCCUCAUGCUUGUCUUCACCGUUGAUACAAAGGGUUUCCUUGUCAUGGCUAGCUUCGACUCAAAAACCAUUGAUGUCCCGCAAAUGGAGCAAGCACUCAAACAUUUUGAUCGACUGGUGCAGCAGAUCCUCGAGGAUCCAACUCAGCGAAUCCAGCAUAUCUAUAAUUCCACAAUUGAGACGGAUGUUGCAGAACAAUGUCGUUUGGCCAAGAUUGGCCUGGCGAGUCUCCCUGCGGAGGACCUUUACUCGGCUGCCAUAUCUACUUGGAUCGUUAACCCAAAUGACCAUGAGUGUCUUGUACCAUCUGGUGGGGUGGGUGAGCUGCUCGUUGAAUGCAAAGGUGAACUGGCUUCCGGCGAUUUGAUUGCGAAUCCAACUUGGUUCAAAGACCACACGAAGCUGUACACGACAAACCAGCUGGCGAAAUAUACCAAUGAUGGCUCCGUUAUUAUUAUCCGCGCACGCGAUGCCCAGAUCGAUCAACUCAAGCCCCGAACUAAAAACCCCGAUGGCUGUGCAGCAAUCACAACGGCCGCACAGCAAAAGCUCCAACGGGCCUGGAGCCAGGUCUUAGAUAUUCCCUGCGAGGAUAUCCUUUUGGAUGAUAGCUUCUUCGAUUUGGGUGGUGACUCCAUUCGUGCGAUGAAGUUGGUCUCGGAGGCUCGUAUGGAUGGCCUGCAGCUCACUGUAACCACAAUCUUCGAUCACCGGUCUCUGUUUGACAUGGCCGCACACGCAGUGGAAGCCCAACCAUCAGUCAUUACAUCUCAUGAUUACGCGCCAUUCAGCUCACUCGAUGUGACCGAUGUAGAUGCAUUCAUCAACAAGAUGACCCCAUUGCUUGCUCAGCCUGAGUGGAAGAUCGUGGAUGCCUAUCCAAGUCGCCCACUCCAGGAAAUUGCGGUUCGGGGAACUGUCCAGCUACCUCGGUAUUCUAUGCGAUACGAAUUGUUCUACAUGGAUACCGUGGUGGACCACACUCAACUGUUCCAAAGUUGCCAGGAACUUGUCUCUCGAAAUGAGAUCCUUCGAACUGUGUUCGUGGAGCAUGAGGGGCUCUCGGUGGGAGUGGUUGUCGACGACCUUCCCUGCCAGAUAAUUGAAUAUGAGAUUGAAAGUGACGUGGAAGCAUUCAGCCAGAAACUCUGUGAUGUGGAUGUUCAGUCACGCAUUCCUCUUGGAUCACCAUUCUUGAAAUUCCUCUUCGUUCGGCAUGUUGACGGGCCCAGCAGCCUGAUCAUGCGCAUCUCCCAUGCCCAAUACGAUGAAAUCUGUCUUCCGAUCUUGCUACAGCAGCUAUCGGCGCUAUACGAGGGACGAGAGGUGCCGAAGAGUCUGCCAUUCUCGUCUUAUGUCGGUCACGUGACUCACACUAAUCUGCCAGUCAGCAUUCCGUACUGGCGUGAUCUCCUUCGAGGGGCGUCUAUGACGCGGAUCCAGCCCGAUAUCCCUGUGGUGUCUGCAGCUCAUUUUGCCAUCUCCAAGGAUGUUAAUAUAGCCGCGCGACCACAGGAAAUUACAGUCGCAACUCUCCCUACAGCGGCCUGGGCGCUGUGCCUUGCGCGACGCCUAUCCCUUGAUGAUGUCACUUUUGGCGAGGUAGUAAGUGGUCGCAACAUUGACCUCCCCAACGCUGGUUCAAUUGUUGGACCAUCAUGGCAGUAUGUACCAGUGCGGGUGAAAUUUGGGGAUAAAUGGAGUGCCAUGGAUCUUUUGCGGUUUGUUCAGCGACAACAUCUCCAGAGCGCGCAAUUCGAAGGAAUCGGUCUUAAGGAAAUUAUUAAGGACUGCACCGACUGGCCGGAUACUGUUGACUGGUUUGAUUCUGUUGUGCACCAAGACGUUGAGCACGUUGAGGGUCUCUCUUUCAUGGGGGCCAGUAGUCGUAUGCAGACCAUCUACCCGCAUUUCGAGCCAUUGCGGGAGAUCAAGGUGCAGGCAUUCCCGAAGGGGGAUACUCUAUGUAUUGAAGUUGUCACUGUCGAGUCAUGGUCGGAAUUUGCUGUGUCUUUGCUGGAUGAGAUGGUCGACACUGUUGGACAGUUGGUGAAUCAGGUCCAUUCCAGGAUCUUGUAA